UAAUUCAAACUAGUAGUAGUUUGCUCCGUUCCCCUCUUUCCCAAACCAACAAAGGAAGAAAAAAAAAAAAAAAAAAACUCCGUCUGCACAGAAAAAGAGGGAGACCAGAGCGCCAUUCCGCGCUACCCAACACUCUCCCUAAUCCCUUCUUCUUCUAUUCCCUCAGAGUAUCUAGCUGCCAGCGACGGUUCUUCUUUCCAACAGAUUUCGUCAUCGGAAUUCCCCCUAAUCCAUGGCGGAUCUGUACGGCGCAGCUCCAUCUCCUCCUGCUGCCUCAGCCCCGCCGCCGCCGCCUUCCGAGACCGAGGAAAUCUCGUCGUUCCUCCACCAGUUCCUUCACAACACUUCUGCCGCUUCCUCCUCCUCCUCCCCCAAAUUCAUGUUCCACCACCCUCACUUCUCAUCUCCACCGCCGCCUCAUCACCAGCACCACUUCCCACCUCCCCCGGACGCCGCCUUGCCGCUCGAGUUCCGGGAUCGCCACCAUCGGUCCAACUCCGACCCCCCGCUCGGUCCCAACUCCGGCGUCAAUUUCUCCGAUCCCAGCCUCUACUUCGGGAGGGAUUCCCGUGGAAUCGAGAAUGCCGCCGCCACGUCAGCGGCGGGAUCGAAGAAAAGAGGCGUCUCCGUGGAGAACGAUCUCGGCUCUGGCGAUUUCAGCUGCGACAGCGGGGGCGGAGAAGGGUCAGAGAUGCCUGCGGAGACAGGAGGAAAGCCUCGAAGCUCGUCCAAGAGAAGCAGAGCAGCAGAGGUUCACAAUUUGUCCGAAAAGCGGAGGAGAAGCAAGAUCAACGAGAAAAUGAAAGCUUUACAGAACCUGAUACCAAAUUCUAACAAGACGGAUAAGGCAUCGAUGCUGGAUGAAGCAAUUGAAUACUUGAAGCAGCUUCAGCUGCAAGUCCAGAUGUUGACAUUGAGGAACGGAUUAAGCUUACAUCCAAUGUGCUUACCUGGACUACUACAGCCAAUGCAACUGCCACUGACAGGAUUGAGUUUCGAAGAAGGAAAUGGACUGAUGAAUAAUACCACUCCAUUAACCGGUUCCUUCUCUGCAACUGAAGAAACCUCUGCUGCUCAACCUGGUCUUAAUCUUCCUAACCAGUGUACAGGAUCGAGCCAGGCACCGUCUGGAACAAAUAACAAUCCCUCUUCUUCUAAGAACCCUUUUGCCUUUGAGCAGCCGUAUCAUGUUCUUUACGGGUCUCUUAAUGUAACCUCAUCAUCUCCGAAGGAAAUCUGCAGGGAAGGUACAACAGCAGCAGCAGGAGCAUCACAAGUAGAUACGACCGAGCUCUGAAUACCUCUUCGUCAGGGGUUUCGUAGGUGACACCUCUUAAUUAACACUAGCAGCAGGAUCAUCGACCCAACAUUUUCCUUCCUUUCAUUUCUCGGUUCCUUCUCUUGCGCUGAAUAUCAUAGAAGCUGCUGCAACUUUAGUUCUGAAAACUGCUGCUGCUGCUGCUGCUGCUGACGUUUCACAUUUUUUGCCUUUUGAUGUUGUUAUAAAGUUGUAAAAGGGUAUCACAAAUUUGUGAAAGACAACAAGGACAGCCCUUUUGUUAACUUGAAUAGAAAUGCUGCUCUGUUUACCGUUCUUCAAUCACAAAUAGCUCUUGUAGAAAGUUAGCUAGGAAAUUUUCAAGAUUAAUGGAAGGGUUAGUUACAUUGCAUUGAUGAAGCGUCGGUGUGGCAAAGCAGAGCAAUUAUUGGUGGGAGUGGGAGGGAAGGUAGUAAACUUGGGUGAUGGGAUGAGUGACGUUCACUCAAAACGAAAUCAUUUCUUCGACGCAACAACCGGAGAAAAGGCUUCUCUGAAACUUGGACCACUCUUCUUGUAAGAACUAAGAAGGAAGAGCAGGGAGGGAAAAAAUGUAAGGAAAGUUGCAUUCUCAAUACUUUCCGUUACUUUCUUGCACUUAUUCAAUAUUUUAUGGGAUAAUAUAUUUGUAUGAUCCGAAAUUUUCACGUAUUAAAUAUUUUGAACAAUUUUUUUGAUUUAUAACAUUGUGGCCUCAACUAUGCAUUGAAGUUACGAAAUUGGACAAACCUGAGAUUUGAUCGUUAUCUUAGACGGUAAACGCGUUGACUAACAGUCAACGUGCCACGUCAUCGUCCAACCAGCACAAUAAAUGUUAAAAAAUUCAAAAAAGUCACAUAAUCUCUAAUUGUGAAUUUUUUUUUUCCGUUGAAUCAAUUUCCUGUUUAUUAACUUUUAGAGAAGACAUGGUGAUAAAACACCACACCUGAUACAAUGAAGUAGAGAACCAACCCCCUAUUGGUGCUCUCUGAAAACAGCCCAUCAAACCAAAUAAGGUUUCCCAACUACCUUCCACUAGCUACUAUCCAUCCCACUACACAAGUUUUUGGCACACAGUCACUCUACACCAGUCCAAUACUACUGUAAUCACUCAACAAAGAAGGGAAAGCUUCCACAACAAACUUUAACUCACACAACCAUAGCUCCGAAACUAUCCCAGCAGCUCGUGCUUGUUCCCCAUGGCUCUUCGACAUCUCUCCUGCUUAGGGGUGGUAAUCGGUCGGUAACCGGUUAAACCGGUUACCGUUUGAUCGGGUACCGGUAUACCGACCCUCCUAUUGCCUGCGCCGUUUACCGCUACCGAAUAUACUUUGAUACACCGUUCACCGAUUGGGACGGUUUCGGCAUUUGCACCGGUUUCCCGUUUAACCGAAAGGUGACUGGCUACAGAAAUUUUGUGCUACGGACAGAGAAACUAUUGCGGCAACCGGCAAGACUGUACCCUGCUUUUCGAUGGGGCACGAUGGUUGCUUUCACUGACAGAGAAACAAAAGCAAUUGCGCCUACUGUAUUGUCUUCCUUUCGUUUCUUGUUUGGGGAAUUGGGUCCAAACUUCAAUGUCCAGCUGUCCCUCUCUGAGACUCUGAUAACUGAUAACUAAUAAGAAAAUGCCAAACAAAAACACAAAGAAUCAUAUGGUUCUACUUCCACCUGGCUAUGUAUCCAUCUCUAGCUCUGAUAAGAAAGUGCCAAAAAUUGA